AUGUACGAAGGGAUUGACAACCUGAAAUCCCUUUACGACCGUGCCGGGAAGACUUUCUCCGGCGGUCCUUCUGCGGCACAGGAUGUGUCGCGUCGUACUGCUCGACCAGACCCAGUACGUCAACCAUCAAUUGGGAGCGGGGCUCCCAAGAAUCCCAGGACGGGGGAUAGCCGCGCCACCGGACGAGGUAACUCGUCCGACGUCCGUUCACGUCGCGGUGGUUCAACAGCUGCUCUACUAGAUAGCGCUGGCCACCGCGAGAGUCCUCUAAUGGAGGUGGAGGAGGAGGAAAGACGCUCUCCACACGAUCAUGUGGAUCGGUGUGUUCCCGAGAGCUUCUUUGAUCGCGUAACGCAAGGGUUACGCGACAAUCUCGAGCAUGAGCGGAAUAGGCGUCUCCAGAUGGUGGACACUGCCUCGAAGCAUCGAGCUGAGUUUGCCUUUGCUCAGCUUGAGAACGAGAGAUCUCUGACAUCUCUUCGUGACGAGCUAAGGGUAGCUCGUGGGAUUGUUGAUCGGUCUCGGGCUGAGAUAACUGCUCUUCAGACCCUUGUUGAUGCCCACCAUCGGGAGCACAAGGCUCUCUGCGAGAUGCUUGAGCGCAAGGGCGUUCUUCAUCGGAAGAAGCAGCGUACUGAUGGUACGGCUUAA